AUGCAGAUAAGAUUUCGUUUUUUACAUGAUAGUCAUAAAACUAUCUAUAUUCAGCCAGUUGGUAGUUUUAAUCAUCUACGAGUUAUACCACCCGAUGUAAUUAUUGAAUUUGUACGUAUAUUUUUUCCUGGAUGCGAAGUUGAAUUAUUAUCAACUAUUGACUUUUCGAAAUCUAUGAAAUAUCGAGAAAAUGAUGGAAUAAGACAAUAUCGAACAGGUAGCUUUUAUAAAUAUUUGUCUCAAACGCGUCAUAAACGUGAUGCAAAACGAGAACUUUUAUGUGUUGCUGUAACUAUGGCUGAUAUUUGUAUCAGCAAAAUUUGGGAUUGGGUUUAUGGGCAAGCGCGAAUAAUAGAUGGUGUUGGUGUUUAUUCAUUUGCACGUCUUGAUCCAUUAUUUCCUGCAUCACCACAAAUAUUACUCUCAACUCCAUUAACUAAUGAACAUCGUAUAAUAAUGCUUCGACGUUGUGUAAAAGUUCUUUUACAUGAAUUAAAUCAUUUAUUCGGUCUAAAACAUUGUAUCUAUUAUAUUUGUUUGAUGAAUGGUGCAAAUAAUGAAAUUGAAAUGGAUCGACAACCUUUAUAUCUAUGUCCUGUUUGUUUACGUAAACUCUAUUCAACACUUCAAUUUAAUGUUCGAGAUGUGUAUGAAAAUUUUAUUGCUCUAUGUGGAAAAUACGGCCUUGAAGAAGAACGUAUAUGGUAUCAAAAACGUGUAGAUUGCAUUCAAGAUACUAACAAAUAA